CCAGAAGGAAGACGAAAUAGUUUGGUGAAAGAUGGAGAGGGAGCCCACACGAGUGAUGGUGGCUGUGAACGAAUCAACGAUCAAAGGCAACCCUCACCCAUCGAUAAGCAGCAAAAGAGCUUUCGAAUGGACCCUGGAGAAGAUGGUCCGAUCCAACACAUCCGAUUUCAAGAUUCUCCUGCUCCACGUACAUGUGGUGGACGAAGACGGUUUUGAUGAGGUAGACAGCAUAUAUGCUUCUCCUGAUGAUUUCAAAGACAUGAGAGAGUCUAACAAGGCUAAAGGUCUUCACCUUCUCGAGUUUUUCGUUAGAAAAUGUCAUGAGAUUGGGGUUAGUUGCGAGGCAUGGAUCAAGAAAGGUGAUCCCAAGGAUGUGAUCUGCCAAGAAGUCAGCCGGGUCCGACCAGAUCUUCUUGUUUUGGGAAGCCGUGGUCUUGGUCGCUUCCAAAAGGUCUUUGUUGGAACGGUGAGUGGGUUCUGUGUGAAACAUGCUGAGUGUCCAGUCCUCACGAUCAAACGUAAUGCCGAUGAAACUCCCAGUGAUCUAGCUGAUGACUGACCAACUACAUUAUAAACGUUCCUUCCAAAAUAAUUAAUAAACUCUUCUUUGAUCUUAUUCCAAAGUUUGCUUUUGUUUGUCCAAAUCUAUGACUAAUAACAUUUGUGUGUGUGUGUGUGUGUGUGUGCAGUCUGCUACGUUUUGGUUUAUAUAUGGAACAUAAU